AUGGCACCUUCAGAAUCUUCUAUUCUCAGUAAUUUUCUGCUAUCGGCAGCUUCUCUGCCGACUAUCAUGUCCUUGCAGCAGUUCACUGAGCUAUUUCCAAAGCGCCUUCGGUCUCACCCCUAUAUACGGGUGCUUUACCGAGAAUUGCAGCAGAUUCGUGAACAAGACAUGGACAUAGUCAGUGAGAACAUUGACAAAGAAGUCCGCAAGGGGGCCAGCCAGAAGGCAGAACUUCGGAAGGCUAUGGCAGAAACUGGCAUUGAUGGCGCUGACUUGAACGACCAACGAGAAAUGGAUAUGGAUAUCCAAUUGUUCGGUCCAACAUCUGCUUCUUCCAGCGAUCAUCACUCGGUAUCAAGUCUCUUGUCUGCCAUGGAGACGGCUUGCGCCAACAUCGAGAGUGAAAUCGCUGGAGUAGACACGGAGGCGACCACUUUCUUAUCAGAUCUCAAUACUACCGUCGGCGAAAUGAGCGAUUUGCGGUAUGGGAAGAUGCAUGGUACUGUGGGAGCAUCAGAUGAUGAUGUGGUCCGCGAGGCAAUUCGCGGGCUCGAUAACCUUGAAGAUGCCUGCUACUCUAAGAGUGCUACCUGA